UUCCAAAAUUCUACCUUGGUUAUUAAAAUGCUAUAUUUCACGUCACGUGUGCUAUAGUUUUUGGUUACCAAGAUAGGAUUUUAGAACGUAACCUGUAGAAGGCGAUGGAGUGAGUUGUUAGCGACUGGUGGAAGCUGUCGGAGCCACAAUGGGGUUAUGUGCAACGUGUUGACGGAGCGAGUUGUACGAUUGUGUGCAAAAAUCGUAAUUUUAUUAAAAACCUUUGCGUGCUUGUUCGUAUCGCUGGAUUCUAAUCGAGAGCGUUUCGAGAUGAAUGCGAAGGAGAAUUCCUCGACAACGUCAACGAAGAACGCGACGGUUUCGAACGCGAAACCCUACGGCAAGAUCGUGUUAACGUUGCAGAAUUGUCUCCUGCCCAAGGAAAAACUCGACUCGACUCCGUCGUCUUUGGACGGUCUCGAUGCGGAAAUCGAGGCGGAUUUGCGGAUACUCGGAUGCGAACUUAUACAGACGGCCGGUAUUCUGUUGAAAUUGCCGCAGGUCGCAAUGGCUACCGGGCAAGUAAUAUUCCAACGAUUCUAUUAUAGCAAAUCAUUAGUUAGACACAAUAUGGAAAUAACUGCAAUGGGUUGCAUCUGCUUAGCUAGCAAGAUCGAGGAAGCACCGAGACGUAUCAGAGAUGUGAUCAACGUUUUUUAUCACAUUAAGCAAGUUUCUAGCCAAAAACCAAUACAACCUGUUAUUCUCGAUCAGAAUUACGUAGCUCUCAAGAAUCAAGUGAUCAAAUCGGAGAGAAGAGUGCUGAAGGAACUGGGCUUUUGUGUUCACGUGAAACAUCCUCACAAGAUCAUAGUCAUGUACCUGCAAGUGUUAGGUUAUGAAAAAAAUCGAGCCUUGAUGCAACAAAGUUGGAAUUAUAUGAACGACUCGUUGCGAUCAGACGUGUUCUUGCGCCAUCAGCCGGAAACUGUCGCGUGCGCGUGCAUUUAUCUAGCCGCUCGUCAACUGCAACUACCACUGCCCACGUCGCCUGCUUGGUUUCUGAUCUUCCGAGUCAAGGAAAAGGAUAUCAGAGAUGUGUGUGUGCGAAUAUUACGUUUGUAUUUGCGUCCACGUAUAAAACCGGAACAACUGGAAAAACGCGUCGAAGAGCUGCGACGUCAGUACGAGGAGGCCAGGACCAAGGCGCGCGGCACUGACGCCGACGGUCACACACCAAGUCCUCCAUUGCCGAAGCAUCACAACGCUUGGGGCGGAUUCAUCAGUCGUAGCGGCACGCACGCGGUCCCCGAAAGAACCAAAUCACCCAGACGUUCAAGAUCUCCGAGUACCUCGCCGUCGCGUGGCGAAGGAACAAAGCAUUCUAAGCGAAAAAAGCACAGCAGAAGUAGAUCCCGAAGUCACAGUCAUAGUAGAUCUGGUAAGGCCAAAAAAUCACAACGACGACGGUCGGGUAGUCAUAAGUCGUCGCGCAGAUCGCGAAGUUACAGAUCGCGAAGUCGAUCUCGGGACAGAGAUUUGGAGAAAUCAAACAAACAUCGUAGCAAACGCAGACGUUUGCACUGAGAACGAUAUUUAAGAAACUUAUAUUAUGUUGCGUUUUAAAAUAUCAUCGACAAAACAUAUUAAAACAAUUGUAAUUGAUUUAUAAGGUACGAGUGUAUAUCUUGUAGAAAGAAAAAUUGCUGCAAUUAUAGUUUAUUUCGGAAUUUUUUGUAAGACGCGCAUCAUUUUUAGAACAAUCUUAACGAAUUAUUGGAAUUAUACUUUUUGCAACUUUGUGUUCUCAUUAUUUAUACUAUUUAUAAGUAUGAAUAACGUAUGUGAAAAAAAAGUUAUAACGAGAAAGAUUUCCACGAAAGUUUUUCCAGACGAUAUAAAACACAGAUGUGUUCCAGGUUGCGAUAAUACAUUACACAUUUGUAAUUUUUUAUAUUAACUAACACAGAACCACAACACAAUAUAAACGAACGAUGUUUAAUGAGGAAAUGAAAGCAUAUAAUAAAUUGCUUGCACAAAUAAAAACUGCUUGCAAGUGUGCGGUAAAUAUUUCUGAUUUCAAUUUCAAAAGAUUACAGGUAUUAUAUAUUUUUCUGCGAAAUGUAAUCAUUAAUUGUUACAACGAUAAAUUAUUAUACAACUUAUGAGUUUUUUUUUUUUUUUUGUUUUUUUAUAAAAAUUUUACCAGCGAGACGUCCGUACAAAUACACUCGAAGUAUUGAUUUGUCACACCAUUUAUGUGUGUGCUUUUUUUUUUUUUUUUUAAAGCCAAUAUACCUCGACUAGCAAUAUGGUACACAGCAUGUGUUUCGCAAAAUGUAUACAAGUGUUGAAAACAAUGUGUGUAUAUAUCAAAAGUAUGCAACAACAUAUAUAGGAAUAAAGUUUUAUAUUCUUA